ACAGAGGAGGGUCCUUAUCAUCAGGCUGAGCCCAGGGAUGUGACCAGGCUGGAAGGCAGGGCGGACAUUUAGAAGUCUGGGACAGUUUUCUGUGGACACGGGGGAUCUUCUGGAUCUAGUAUGGAGGCUUCCGUGACCUGUCGUUUUUUCCUGGUUAUAAUGGUGUGUGGUGCAGAUAACGUCCCACUGCAAGGUUCCAAAUCCCGCACAGAUGACUUCAUGCCACGUAUCAUAGAGCAUCCCUCUGACCUGGUUGUACGACGGGACCAGCCUGGUAUCAUGAACUGCCGUGCUGAGGGGAAUCCGGAACCCACCAUAGAAUGGUACCGCAAUGGAGAAUCCGUUAACUUCUCUAAAGGCCACAACUCCCUGAUCCCUGGGGGUUCUCUGUUCUUCUUACAUAUCAAAGGAAGGUCAGAUGAAGGGGUCUACACCUGUCUGGCAAGAAACCACCUGGGGGUGGCCAUCAGUAGGAACGCAUCACUCACCAUCGCCGUUCUUAAAGAUGAAUUUCGCCAAGAGCCAUUGGACAAGGUGGUGAUCGCAGGGAGGCCGCUGGUGAUCGACUGUUCCCCACCCAAGGGAUACCCAGAGCCCGUGGUGACAUGGCGGAAAAAUGGAGCACUGCUGUACAGAAACAACACCCGCUAUACGUUUGCUGCUGGUAGACUCUCCAUCGCCCGGCCGCUAAGCACAGAUGCUGGGGUAUAUAUGUGUGUGGCGUCCAAUCAGGCUGGUGAGAGGACAAGUCGCGGGGCUGUUAUCUCUGUGCUGGAGAUUCCACAGUUCACGAAUAAACCAGCUGAUGUGGUCGCAAAACCAGGGAGCAUUGUCCAGUUUGCCUGUAGAGCUGAGGGCAACCCUAAACCUAUCGUGCAGUGGAGCAGAGAAAAGGGAGUGCUGCCUACAGGAAGGUAUGCAAUUACCAAUGAGAACACGUUAUGUCUCCAGCGAGUGACUGUGCAGGACUCAGGGACAUAUGUCUGCACCGCCAGAAGCAAUAUAGGCGCUGUGUCUGCACCAGCACAGCUUGUGGUACAAGAUCCUUUGGACACUGGUCAGAUCAUACAAGAUUUGUCCAAAGUGAACUUGUACCUUGAUAUUGUGAUGCUACACAACUCCUCAUCAGUCCUCAUACAGUGGAAGGCGUAUUCGUCAUCCCAGUAUACAGAGGGCUACACUGUGCUAUAUCGCCCUCACACUAAAUCAGAUUCUGACUGGGAAAAGUGGGGCGUCAUCCCAGUUAAUGAGAACACCGCUGUGAUUUCUGGACUUCACAAAGGGCAGAAGUACGAGUUUAAAGUCCGACCGUAUGGAUGGAAUGUGUAUGGAGUGGACAGUAACAUCAGACAUGUCCUGAUCCCUGAGGACGUUCCUGGUCCUGCCCCACAGGACGUCAACAUCACAUUGAUCGACAGUGGGAACAGAUCCAUCAUCGUGAACUGGGAACCUCCCCCGCUGGGAGGUCACAUUAAAGCUUACAAGGUCUGGUGCCUUGGAAAUGAGACUCUUCCUCAGUCCAACUGGACGGUGGACAGUGGGAGCCGCAGCCUGGAGAUUCCCCUGUUACCAGCGGGUAUCAAAUAUCAGGUUCAGGUGGCAGCCAUAUACGAUAGUGGCAUGGGAAAGCUGAGUAACCCACAAUCUAUCUUCAUUGAAACCCCUACGAUGAAAGAAAACACGCCGGAUGGUAUGAUUCCAUUGGAUCUUCUCCUCCAAGUAAUAAAACACCCGGCCUUCAUCGCCACCGUGGGUGGAGCUACCUGGCUUAUGCUGAUGGUGGCGGUCAUCUACUUGUGUCAGAGGAACUCAAAACGUUAUAGCAAGAAGAAACACAGCGGUCUUUACCGAUUUGCCAGUGAGGACACCAUCAUUAAACACAGGAUGGACACAAGUGACUCACCAUGGCUCUCAAACACAUGGAAAUCGGCUUCGUGUUCCAGAAACUACAGCAGCACAACCAGUAUGAACAGCCAACUACUGUGGAUGGAGAACAAGGACACGACAGACUUCCAUAAAUCCACCAUCUCAUUUGAACGGAAGAGUGAGGGCAGCCGGAGUCAGAUCAUCCCGUUGGUUCCAGACAGCUGUAUGUAUGGAGUGCUGCAUGUGGAUCUCCCAGGAAAAGACUUGACAACAUUUCAGUGCCCCUCACCUGUCAGGCCCCCAGGGAUGGGAAUUAGUUCAAAGUCAGGGAUACAUCUAGGACUGUAUGAUCACAACCUGUUCCCGCACUGUCAUGGCAGUACUAACAACCUCACACACGGAGGUGCAAGAAAUAAGAUACCUGGGAAACUUGUGGUCCCUGUACCACCAAAUGUGGCCAUAAAGGAGCCCUGGGGCCACAAUCUCAAAAGAGAGCUGCAUCAUGUGAAUAGCGCCCCUCUUUCUCCCUGUUUCCAGACAGAGAGUGGCAGUGUUCCCAGUGUGAAGAGCUUAGAUGGAAACCCACCAGCUAAAGGAGAAUAUGCAAAAGUGAUGAAGACAUUCAGCUCCCCGAAGAUUCUCCAUUACACCACAUCCCUGAAGGUGAUGGACCUCCUGCCAUACAGCAACCCCCUCCCACCACCACCUGUUCCGCCACCAGAGGAAGAACCCAGCAGGGGCAGACUUGACAAACCGGUCACAAAAAUGAUGACUGAUCGACAGCAGGACAAUGUUCACAAACCAACCGAUUUCAGUAGGAAGAAGCCUCCGCCGGACUCGCUGCAUUUCAGACAAGCGUCAUCAUUGUCUGUCCAUGAUGAUACAGUGCUUACUCCAGAUGACAUAGCCCAUUACCUGGAGUUUAAUGGACAAGGAGGCCACACCAGACAUAACUCUGAGAGUGAUUCCACCCUCCCACAUCCAUUCUCCAGUUCAUCCAAUACAUAUGGCUACAUCUGCAGCCCGUCAGAACUGGCAGAAGUGGACGGAGCCGAUGAAGACGACGAUCUGGACCUGGGAGAGCUCAGCUCACUGAAGUCCUAUAGAAAGUAUUGUGAGACGCCGACCUCCAGCAUCAGUGAAUACGAGAGCUCCAUGGCCGGGUCCCUGGUCAAUGGUUGGGGGUCUGUAUCGGAGGAUAAUUACACCAGUGCCCGCUGCAGCAUAGUUAGCUCUUCAGAUGGCUCGUUCCUUAUGGAUGCCAGUUUUGCCAAAGCUCUAGCUGUGGCAGUGGAUAGUUUUUGUCUUGGCAUAACCCAAUCUGAGUCUGUAGGAGUGGACCGGAUCUCUUCUGACUUUUCACCAUCUGCUUCCCCUCUGGAUGGAUUGCUGGCUGCUCAGAACCAGGGUGAUGGCACAGAUCCGAACAGUAGGAAACCCAAAGUCAAUCCAUUACCGGUUCUUGACUGGAACAUUGACUGGAUGGACGAACUGGAGGCGAAAUACCACCACCGGAGCCAGAAGCAGCAAUAUCCAUUCAAUAAGAAGGUGGAGCCAUUCAAGUAAUGUUGUAUGUUCAGAAGAUCUCUCUUUGACCUGUCCAACUCAUCCGACCGACCACAGUGAAGGCUUCAUGGAAAACGCCACAACCUGCGGAGCCACUUGUGCAGAACACCAUACAUAGAGCAGUCACCAUGUUGGGCCAGAGACUUUGCAGCAAUAUUCACACCCCUUUUGUCGCUCCUGUGAUCUUUCUCGUUAUGUCUGUUUAGUUGACUUCUGUGACCAUUGUCAUCAUCUUUGUAACAGGUGGUGGACACUGAGAAGAUGUCACUAGUCACAAUUCUUGGAUGACAUUCCCAGGACUUGAUGCCAGUGCGGUGUAUAUAACAGUGCAUUGUUUUACAUCAGAUACAGUGAAACUUCUCCAAAAGACCUUUUUUUUUAAGAAGACCACAUCCUUAUCCAGCACAGAUCUUCAUAGAAUACAUACUGGACAAUGACUAUGAGAAGAUCAUUGCCCUAGAAGACCACAUUUCAAUGCAGUUGUGUAUGGUCGCCUCAAAAAUAUUUCACUUUAUUCUGGAUUAUCGGGAAAAGUGUAUAGAAGAUGCAAACACCAGGGAUAGCACAUAUUGUAGCAUGAGGUUUGUUUCACAUUUCCAUUUACCUAAUCCGGCAGAGGAACAGCCUGCUGGAGUUCACCGCAUCCGGCAUAGCCCGAUACUGUCUUUCACUGCCGGACCAUAUUGAUUAUAAUUCAUGCAUCGGUCUUUGUCUGGCCAGAACCAGGCACUCAUACUGGAAGCCAGAUAGAUCCCUGCAGAAUCCCAUUAUAGUCAAUGGGGUCCGGCAGUGAACAGCAGUAUCCUGCUAUGCCGGAUAUGGUGAACUCCAGCAGGCUGUUCCACUGCCGGAUCAGGUAAACGAAGAUGUGAAACUAGCCUAACAUUUCUGCUUUCCUGAGUUCAGAGUCACUUAAAGGGCCUCUCCUUUCCUAUGUAAACAAUGCUAAAUUAAUCCCUGUGCUUCCUGUCAGUGAGUGGGAGCAUUUUUAUCUACAGCCAGAAACUCAAAACCUGUCCCAAUCUAAUGCUUCUCACAGCUGAGAGUUUGUUACAGUUAUAUCCAGUCUAGGCAAUAAUCUUGGCCUCCAGACUAAUACAUUUUACCUGCACUGAUGGAUUUUAACAAAUGAUGAGGAUGGGAAAUACAUUUGUGCUGCUAAUUGUCCAAUUCACAGAGAAUAGUGUGUAAUAGACCCUCAGAUGUGAGACAUGUUGGGGGAGAUUUAAUGAAACUGGUGUACAGGAAAUCUGCUUUAGUUGCCCAUAGCAACCAAUUAGAUUCCACCUUUCAUUUUUCAGAGCUCCUAUGGAAAAUGAAAGGAGGAAUUUGAUUGGUUGCUAUGGGCAACUAAGCCAGUUCUACUUUACACCAGGUUUGAUAAAUCUACCCCAUUGGGUCUGUACAUGAUUUCAGCUUCUGAAUGUUCUCAUUCACUAAGAUCAAGCAGAGAUCUUGAAAAUAGUGACAAAUAUACUGUAAACACAGAGGGGGGCAUUUAUUAAGACUGACGCUUUCCGCGCCAGUCUUAAAGGGGUUAUCCUAUAAAUAAUGUAAA